AUGGUCUCCACUUCUAUCAACUUCUCCGGCCUGAUGUGCCUUGUCCUUGCUCUCGGCCCUGCCAACGUGCUCUCCGCUCCCCAGCUGCCUGGUCUCUCAACCCCGGAUAUCAGCAACCACGGCCCCGAGACCGCCAGCCAGGGCCCAGGUAACAGCGAGACCUCCGCCGGCAGCGGCAUCAGCGCCGGCAUCCCUGGUGGUCCUUACGCGAAUAUGGGCGCCGGAUUCCACGACAUCCACCGCGGCCCCUGCGGCCCUAACUCAGGCGAUGACUGGAGCGCCGGUGCCGGUAUGUCUGCUGGUAUCCCCGGCGGCCCGAGUGCCAACCUCGGACAAGGCGUGCACCACCACGAAGGUGGCUACCCUUGCCCUGAGCCUCCUGCCCCUGUUGUCGUGCCCGCCACCACUGUCAACCCCCCUCCCGUUGUUGUUGUGCCCACUACAACCGUCAGCCCUCCCAACGAGGUUAUUCCUCCUACCACCGAGACUGUUGUUCCUACUACCGAGGCCGCCGUCACUGCCAUCCUCCCUCCUACCUUCACCACCCCAAUCUCUGUCCCCCUCACCACCGCCCCAGCCGCAUGGGCACCUGCCGUCCCUAGCGUGCACUCUACCCCUCUGAUCCCCCACGCCGCACCCACUGCAUCGGCCUCGCCUUCCGCUGUGCCUUCCGUGCCUGUCUUCAACGCCGGUUCAUCUCUGGUUCCCGGAUCUGUCCUCGCUGUGGCUCUUCCCGUUAUCCUGGCUUUCUUCCAGUAA